CCACUGUUGCUGUUGCUGUUGUCGUUGUCGGUGCCCAAGUAGUGUGUUGCUCUUUCUUUCUCUCUAUCUCUUUCUCGUUCGCCCUCACUGUGUAGUGAUUAAGGUGGCCUGAACAAAGAACAGACGGCGCCGCAAUGCAUGUGCGCUAGUGUUGGUGUUAGUGAGUGUGAGUGAGCCAGUGCGAAUACGAAUGUGAAUGCGAAUGCCUCUGUCAUCAUCAUAAUAGUAGUGUGCUGGGCAACAAGUAAAUAUGUCUGACUUUUUGUCUGUUUCAAAUGCUUAAAAUAUUCUCGGUGUCGCACAACACACAAUAUACACGACAAACAAUUUCAUGUGAUUAAAUAAGCGGCAGACGAUAGCAUGUCCUAAGUACAAAAACAAAGCAUCAACCGACAGCGAGAGGGAGAAAGAGAGAGAACUUUACAUGUGUCGGAAAAUUUUCGAAUUCAAAAAACUAGACAAUCGACUGAUCAUCCGACGAAUGGAUCCUGAAAUUUGUACAGUUUUCUAGAAGAAGAUGUAGCAAGGGAAAAAAAAACAUGAGAAAAUCAACAACAGCUGACUGAUAAAAAGGUUGUGUGUUGAACAAAGCAAAUGGGUCGACACAAAUGUGUGAUCAAUUGAAUGGCAAAGCCUCCGGUUGAUGAGCUGUCUCUUGGAGAGAAAAAAAAAAUUGUAUGCAAAGUCAACCAGACACACAGUGUACAUUCACACAGACACAGACACAAACUGCAAUUGGUCAGACUGAUUUUUUUUUUUAAAUUCAAAACUCCAAAUUUGGCAGUGCAUUCGAUGGCGUCGGCCACUAAAAACGGCACCAAUAUAAAUAAAACCAAUCGUUUUAGAAAGUGAAGCAAAGCAAAGGCACAGCCGAACAAUAAAGUGAUGCAAUGCGAUGGUGCAGGUCCACCUUAACGAAGCUUACGUGCAUUCUUCAACACACGCAAAAUUCAUUGACUGUAUACACACGCGAAAAAAUGCUCUUGUAUAAAUAAUCUUUAAGCGAACUACAUGGCUACAGCUUGUUGUUGUUGUUGUUGUUUCUUUCGUCUUUCGUCUACAAAACAACAACAAACCAUAAUCCACUCUCUGGGUUGCCUUAAAAAUUCAGCCCAAAAUCAACACACGAAAACUGAUUCACAUUCAAAUCAUUUCAAGUUUGUUAAAUCAAAUGAAACGAAGAAAACGAAGACGACGACGACGAACAUAUUAAAAGUGAAUUUUUCGGAAGUGAAUUUGAACAUAAUUAUUCGGUUGUACGAAGAGAGUGUGUGUAUUUUGGUAUCAACAAAUGUGGCUGCCGUCUCUAUCUCGUUCUAUCUUCCUGUUGCUCCCUCAAUACAUAAUCUGUUCAACAAAUUUUCAUUGUGAAUCUCUUGUGUAUUUUUUUUUUACUAUUGCGCUUCCACACGACACCAACAGCAGCAACAAACGACGACGAUGACUUACGGAUCAUUUGCAAGUGUACACAACCAGAGAAAACAAUUUCUUCUUGUAAACAUCGCCCGAUUUUGGGCUAUUUAACCGUCGAUCGUAGUCACAUCAGAAAAUUACGUUUUUAUAUGACUGUCACGAAACAACACUUCGAGCGGAUCCAUACUUAUAAGGAUGGCAAGGCGAAAAGGAGCGUCUAAAUCAAAUGAUUCAGAUCAAGGAUGGAGAGGUCGUCAAAAGCAGAACGAAACUCACAACCGGAAAAUAUUAGCUAGUGAUAUGAGUGAUGCGAGCAGGUCGUCAACGGCCGUUUCCACAAACGAUAGCCAUACGAAUGUUGAGUGCCAAAAAGCUACUACACACAAGGAAUCAAGUCCUCCAGAUAUAUUCAACAAUUCGAAUAGUUUAAAAUAUUUACACAAAAAAUUCAAACGCGUCGCAAGCGCAAUCAUCGAAGAGCAUUGCGAUAAAAUCAAAGCGAAUGCAGCAAAUGCCAAUUUAUUAUCGACGGAAGGUUCAUCGUUGAAAUAUGAUGCAACCUUGGCGUUGCCACACAAUUUGAAUGGUGAAACAACGAUUGCGACGAAAACGGUGAAUGAAGCGUUGGGAUCGGCGUCGGCUACUGUUGUGCGAUCAUCGCAUAUCAAUGAAUGUGAAACAAAUAGUCAAGAUGAUGUCGCCACUGCAGCAGCAGCAGCAGCAACAGUCUCCACAAAAAUCAGUCGACAGUUAUUGCAUGGACGGAAUCACAGAAUCGGCAACGAAUCCAACCCAGAAAUGCAGCUCAUAAAUGCUUCAGCGAAAUUCGGCAACAAUGUGCUGCGAAAUGAAUUAAGCAACAAAAUUUAUGCGCCACACAAACAAUACGAAACGGAUUUGAUAAAUAAUUUAAGUAAAUGCAAAAAUGAUAUUUCAACUAGGCUAUUGACGGUAUCACAGUUACAACAACAAAAGACAAACAAGCACUAUGGAUUCGAUUUGCUGCUGGAUGACAUUGGAAGCAAGGUGAAUCUAGUGUCGGCCGGUGAUGUGCCACAAAAUUCAAAAGAAAAUUUAAUCAAGAGUCGACAAUUUGUCACCCAUGAACUCACCGAACGCAUACCGAAUGCCAGUUGCGAAAGUAGUAGUGCCAACACGGCGAAUAAAUCAUCCGUUCGACGGAGAAAUAACGAUAAAUCAUAUCGCCGAAGCCAGUACCACAAAUAUGGCAGAUCCACUGGUCAUGGGGACAAAAGUGCAAACAAUAACGCUCAGCUGCCAAACGAAGACGUAGAUCUCGACAUAUCACAAAGCACUAGUUCUGAUCUCGAAUUGAGUAGCAGCAGCACAACUGCCAGUUCCGAUGUUAUAAGCCGAUCGACAACACCACUGGAAGAAACGCAGAGUAGUUCAUCUGUGCCACAUUCAGCGCUAAAUUACUCAUCGUCUGGCCAAGGGCAAUCGACGGCACACUCAAUCGCAUCGUUGUCAGCGCCCGAUCGACCGUACAAACCGAAAUUUCAUAAAGCCGUUUAUUAUCAGAACAACAACAAUAACAUUAAUACCAAUUCCAUAUCACAGAGUAAUGAUUUAAAUGCCAAAACUGUGGGAAAAACCAAGCACGGCGAAGCGAUUAAUGAAAAUUCGAUAUCACAUCUGUCAACGCAAAGCGUAGAGUAUUUGAAAGAACACAUUUCGAAAAUCAUAUCACAAAAUGAGGCGAUUAUGGAAGGCGUUGAGCCGGCACUGCAGAAGAAAUACCAUAAAAUAACCGGAAUACCUCGUGGCGGCAAUCCAAGUGGAAAUAGUAUGGCUGACAUGCAAUUGCUGCAAACAUCGGCAUUGUCAUCAAUCAAACAAAAUCCCGAUGAACUAUUGAUCAAAGUGGGCCCACACGAAACCACCUCAAUGGAGGUUCAAUUGAAACAGAAACCAUUUCCGACACUUCAGCAGCAAGCCUUGUCAUCUUUGCUCAAAAAAUCCCACCCAUCAUCGACUGCAACGAAAACCUAUACCGCGCUCAACUUGUCAUCCGAUGCUCAACCAUUGAACCUAACCAAUUCGGCACGAGAGUCACAACGAAAAAAGUCCACCGGAAAUGAAUCGAUGCAUUCAGGCAGCCCGGUGCCAUCGACAUCAAAUCUCUCCGAAUCGAAUGCGGCUGCACAGUGUGGCGGUCCAUUCUUUGAAAAUCAUCAUCCACAAAAUCCGGAGCGAUCCAUAAUCAAAUCGUUGUUAUUGAAUUCGCGUGGUUUGGCUGUGCCAACGGCCGGUGAAUAUAUCUGCCCACUGUGUAAUAUUUCCUUUCGAAGUGCCGAUGAUCUGCAGAAUCACACAAAAUGCUACUGUCAAGGAACACCUCAAGUGCCAACACAAGCCAAUGGUAGCCCACAGAGUGCACCAAUCAGUCCGGUUGGAUCGCCAUCGCACAAAUACUUUCGAUCGAAUUCGUUCAAUUUGUAUCGCCAGGAGAAGUAUAGUCCAAACACUCUAGCCAAAUUAGCCAGUUCCAGUUUGCGGCAUCAUCGAACACCGUUGUCGUUAGCAAAAUUGGCAGCUCAACAAGCAGCUGGUUUAUUGGGUAAAGUACCGCCAGAUGCAUCGGCUGCCAACUAUUCAGCCGGUGGCAGUGGUGGUGCAUCGAGCAGCCGCACUGGAGCGGAACAAUUCAAAAGUGCCAGUAAUAGUUUAGCCUCACCGUCAUCGUUUGCCAAUGUGGUAGCGACCGAAGCGCAAUCGGUGUCAUCACAAUGUGUACAAAUAACCAAACAAUUGAUGGAUGCUUCGUUGCCGUCGCCCGGCCCAUUGCUGGGCAAAACACGGCUUGUCGAUCACUACAAUCAACCGCGAACCGCCAUGAGCAAACAAAAAACCAUUGAGUUUUUGGUUGUUCCAACGGAAGCAGCCAUAUCACUAGUUGACUCAAACAAAACGACACCAUCAAAGGAGCCACCUAUAACACCGAUAAACCUUGAUGAAGCAUUCACAUCGCGAACGCAGAAAAUGUUGCAAAUGUGCGGCGGUGAAAUUACAAUAGUCGAAAAGACCGAAGAAAAAGUGCCACGUUUUGGAUCGUCGGGCGGUUCAAUUGUAUCAAUUUCAUCGUCAUCACCCGAAUCACUGCCCGAAAACAGUCCGCUUAGCAUUCGAACCGGGCUUUUAUCUGGCGGUUCGAUCAUCGAAUCACCGAUUUCGGCCAAACGAAAACCCAGCAGCACCACAACAUCUAAUGUGCCAGCCAGUCCAGCAAAUGUCACACCAAUUCUUCCAAUGUCACGCCUGAGUAAUAGUCAGAACAUGAUUGCGAAUUACUUCCAAUUUCCACCGCCACCAAUCAAUUCAAUUACCGCGUACAAUCCGUUGACGCUACCACCGAAACAGCCCGAAUUCAAUUCGGAUAUUCCAGCGGCCAUUGAAGCAACAAAAAUUGUUCACGGAGGGAAAAUCAUUCCAUUUGUACCCGGAAUCCCUGGGCCAAACUCAUUAUCUGCAAAUGCUCCGAUGUCGCCGAUUAUUUCGUCGAUACCACAUGAAAAAGGCUCAGAACGAAUUUUUAGCCCAAAUCCAGCUGGUCUUUUUGCUGGCAAUAUUUCACUCGGUACAACACCGUAUAGAUCGAUCAAUCUGUCGAUUUCAUCGGCCGUAGUGAGUCCAUCAGCAUCAGCUGUGCAUGCAGCCAAAUUAUCAAAAUCUCCUGAACCACCACCGUCAAAGGCUCUAUCAACUAUAAAAUCACAAUCGUCUUCCGAAAUCAACGACAGCUCAUCAUCAAGUGCAAAUCAUCCACAUAGUCUGAGCGCAGUGCAGCAGCAGCAACAGCAUCAUGCAUGGACAUCGACGACACCAAGUCGCGACGGAAAUCAAAUGAUUAGUGAAAAACCGUUCAAUUUCAUGCGAAUCGCCGACAAUUUAAGUCCGCCGAAAAUUCGCAUCGAAAGCAGUAGCAAAGUAGCACAAGGCAAUUUAGAGGUGAGUGCAACGAAUUUAGAGAAAUUAAAACCGAGACCGAAACUAUUGGCUCAGAUGGCAGACGUAUCGCCGUUGCACAUAAAUGUUGAAUCAACGCCAAACGAUGCGUCUCCACCGAAUCUACGAAAUGUUCAUGAAACAACGCCCGAGAAAAUCAAAGUGCCACCGACUGUUGUUGAUUCGGACAAGGGUAACACACUUCUCACAAAGCAUCUGACAACGAAAUUUUUACGCCCAAGCAGUUUACCACUGAAACCGGGCACAUUUACACCGAAAAAACACCAUGGAAUCACACCAACCGCAAAUACAUUACCACUUAUUUCACCGGAAACACCAAGACCAUCGAAGCAUUGCGUUCAACUCUAUUUAAAUGGUCAUGCGUACACAUACCUUGGAUUGAAAUGUAGCACCAAACCAUUUUACUGUACGGUGAAUCGGCCACAACCCGUUUAUGCUUUGUUCGCCGGUCGACCCGAAUUAUCCAUGUACAGCAAUUGGCAAACAUGCGCUGAAAAUAAUCCACAUCCACUUGGAUUUUCGCCGAAAGAAAUGAUGUCACUGUACGAUUCCAGACAAAGAUCACACACCAACUAUCAAGGCAGCAAAUUCACAAUGUCAAGUAAAACGACUACGACUUGUGCACCGUCAGAUAAAAUACACGACCCGCUUAAGGUAUUCGAUACAAACGAUACCAUUCGACAACGCACUGAAGACGCUUCAAGUGAUCUGUCGGAUAAAACGAAAGUGUUGAAUGAAACAUUACCUAAGACGAGCGGAGUUAAUUUAUCAACGGUGCCUGGUGGAUAUAAAAGCAACGAAGACUAUACGUAUGUACGUGGCCGUGGCAGAGGACGAUACGUUUGCAUUGAAUGUGGAAUGCGAUGCAUUAAACCAUGCACACUGAAGAAACACAUUCGAACCGUGCAUAGCGACGUUCGACCAUACACAUGUCGCCACUGUAUGUUUAGCUUCAAAACGAAAGGUAAUCUCACCAAACACAUGGAAUCGAAGGCUCACUACAAAAAAUGCCUUGAGAAAGGCAUCAAUCCACAAAUACCAAUCGAUGACGAUGUCAACUCGGAAGAAGAUCGCCCAGCAAAUGCCUCACACGGACGCAAUCUUUCACAAACAAACGACGACUGCGAUACUAUAUCAGACGACUACUCUGACGGAGAUGGAGAUGGAGAUGACUUAGAAAUUGAUAUGGAAAGCAGUGAUAAUGAGGACGCAAAAUUGCCGGAUCAUGAAGCUGCCCACUGCCUAUUAUCGUUGUCACAGCGAUCACCGUGUGAAGAAUCGAAUGUAUCAGCAAAAUCCCUGGUACCCAGCCAACCAACCACAUAUCCAUACGUUCAGAGUGACUUAAUCACCGCGCCCAAAAUAAACCAAUCGAAUAAAUCAGAAUUUACACUGAGUCUACAUGAUGGUUUUAGCAAAACCACCGAUACAGUCAUAUCAAAGAUGAGCAUACACCUAUCACCUGAAAUAAGUGCGACAGCAACAGCAGCGGCAAUAAGUAGUAAAAUACUGACGGAAACAAAAUCCAAACGUAUUACAACGGCCAGUUCAGAUGCUAUUGAUUUGAGUAAGCCUCGAAAUGUGCCAAACGCAUCAUCAUCAUCAUCAUCAUCGUCGGAAUCAAGAGAUAUGGAAACAAAAUCAACGAUGACACAACCAUCGUACGUUGGUGCGGCCGAGCUAAUAAAAUCACUGAUGACACUGAGCGAUAAAGUGCCAGCCAUACCGUCGCCGUCAUACGAUUUAAAUUUAACACCGGCCAGUUGCAAUGGUCAACAGCCAAAUCUCACCAACAACAUGCACCUGCAAACCUAUUUAACGGAAAGUGCACUGCAAAAGUCAAAAAUGAAACUCAGUCAAGUGCACACGUUGAAUGCAUUCGAUGAAAAAUCAAGCCAUACAUUUUUCAAAGAAUCGGGCCCGGCUUUCUUUUCGAUGCUGUCGAAAAAAUUGGAUCAUAUUGAAAUAAGUCCGCGGCCACGAUCGGUGAUUACGGCCAAUUUGGAUAGAAAUGAUGCUAAAAUGACGAUGACGGAAACGAAACCGACAAAAAAUGAACAAUGUUUACCAGAAAAUAUGUCGAUCGACAAUCAAGCGGUAAAUGAUGAUGCAAAAAUGAACAUUUCGUCGGAAAAAGGUCAUAUAAUCGAAAAUCCAGACAAAGAUACGGUCAAAGUUGAGCUUCACAUUGCAAAGCCAACCGAUGAAACACUUGAUCUGGCCAAAGGGAUCAACGAUCAAUCGGGUAUGGAAACGCUGGCGGAAAUUGCGGCCAAUUCAGUCAAAUUGGAUGCAUCAAAAGCAGCUGAGACGAGUGUAGCCAUUCAUGACGCUUCCAGUUCGGCCCACAAAGCAUUAUCAGCAACCCAAAGCGAUAAAACAGUUCGCAAAGAAUCGAGUGCAAAAAAUAUCGCGUCUGAGUAUUUGAAAUUGGCUAACGAACAAGAUAAUGCGAUUGAUGACAGCAGCACAUCGUCUGAUUCGGAUGCAAUGACUGAUAGCGGUAGCAAACAGGUGAGACGAUCGUCGGUAAUGUCGUUGGUACCGGGGCAAGAUGCGUUGAUGUCGGCACGUACGGUUGUCGUUGGCGAAGAUGGCUUCAAAAGUAAAUCGGCCAAUGCAAGUGAUUUGCCAAGAGUUGCAUUGCCUCGUGGUACUUCCACGGCCGCGGUAUCACGCACAAAUGUUGCAUUUAUUCAAGAAGACGGUGGACCGUCACGAUGCUCACUCUGUCCAGCUAGUUUUCCAAAGAGCCAUCAAUUGGUGUUGCACAUGAACAUCCAUUAUAUGAAUCCAGAACGGAAAUUCCGAUGCAAUUCGUGUGGCAUAAAUUUCCAAACACAGGGCCGUCUACAGAAGCACAUGCGAUCCGAAACACACAGUUCGAAAGUAAAUAUUGUCGAAACGCAAGGUAAUUCAACGUCAAAGAAUCCACGACCGUUCGAGUGUUCGGAUUGUAGUCGAGCGUUUCGAAUUCAUGGCCAUUUGGCCAAGCAUUUACGCUCGAAAACGCAUGUGCAACGAUUGGAAAAUUUACAAAAAUUGCCAUUUGGCACGUAUCAAAUGAUUGAAGAGGCACGCAUCAAUUUGACCGACAUCGAUACCACCGAUUGUGAUAAUUCGCUGGCAAGUCUCAAAGCGCUGGCGGAAAAAUUAAAAGUGGAAUCCGUGUCAACGGAAAAGCGAAAGGCCAGCACCGAAAGCUAUGAGUCGAAUUCAUCGAUGGGUGGUGCCAAGGAUCACACACAAUCAACGGCGAGUGAUAACACCACUGACAUUAAUACAGGUUCCAUGAUAAAAAAGCGAAAAUUAAACGACAGUUGCAAAGAUACACUGACAAUCAGCGAUGGUGACGACAAUUGACCAAACGCCCUACGUUUAGCAUAUUAACAAAAACAAACACAUUUCUCACUGAUUAACGAUAUUCUUUUUUCUUACAUAAUCGCAAACAAAUAAAUUGAAGACGAUUUAAAAGAAGAAGGAAAAAACCAUGAGAUGAACGAAACAAAUGAAAUGAAAUGAAAUUGUUCUAAAAUGAAGAGAAAAAAGAAGAGAAUUUAACAUUUAUUUAUGAUAAUAAACUUUAACUACAUCGUGCCAAAUUUAUGUUCUGAUCAGUCUUUUUCUAGUUAUUAAUUGAUUUUAAAUUGAAGUAUAAACAAAAACAAAACAAUAAA